UGAUUCGGGCAUUACUCACUCGGGACGUCAUCGCGAAAGUUAUUCCCAUAGCGUGACGAAGCCGGAACCGAUUAAUAUUUUUUUUUCAUUCCAUUUCAAAUCGAUUAAAGUGUUUUUCGAAAAGAAAAAAACAUUAGAAAAAAAAGAAAUCAUGACAGACGACAUCGAUGCCGUUAAAACAAUAAAAGAUUUCACUUCGAACGAUGUACUGGACAGCAUCGAAUUCAAUGAUAAGUCCGUAGAAAUAAUCGGUUUCGUGGACGCGAUCCAGCGCACGGAAAACUCAUGCAAAUCAAGAUACCACAAAUUCGUAUUGAACAACGGCCAAGGUAAACGAGUACAAGUGGUCGCCUGGAACGAGCACGUUCCAGCUGUAGAUAAAAUAACGCAAUUUUACAAGAUUGUGCACGCGCGAAACUUGAUCGCGCACAAGCCACUGCAUCGCAUCUACAAUUUGGGUAAUGUGGAUUACGAGCUACUGCUCGUUAAAGGCAGCGUCAUAGAGACUUACGAUACUUACUAUAACGAUAAGGAAAACGUCGUUAAAACAACGAUUUGUGAAGCAAUCGAUCAGAUCGGCAUUAGAAUUCGUAUCGAAGCUUACGUUAAAUCCGGGUUUGAAAAGUGCAAAAAAGACGAUCAGCCCUAUUACUUCGGCUGCAUAACCGACGGCUAUUUUCAACUGGAUUUGAAGCUGGCUAUCGACAUCGAUACGUCGCAUCUGCGGAAAGGACAAGCGAUCAGUGUUAUCGGUGUCAUGGAGCAAGGCUACAAGCGACCGGCGCGACUUUGCGUGUCCUCGCAGGAUGAUAUCGUGGUGCUGGACAAAAGUGACAUGCCCGUCAUCGAAGUUCAUCUCGGAAAUCGUUAUCCGCAACGAUUUUCGUGAUCUAAUAAUAAUUUUCCGUGCUUGUAUUUGUUGACGAUUGAGCUAUUGCUUCGACGUGGCUACUGAUACAUUCUCUGUGACUUUUAUGUUGUAUGACUAAACAUUAGGAGUUGCUUUGUAAACACAUCAAAUUUAUAUUUACAUGAUUUGCGAGCAAAUCUUUAAUUUUGUAAUGUAAGAAGUAAUGAGAAAACUUUGAGAAUUCUUGAAAAAAAGUUUAAUUUAUGAAGUCAAUAAAGUCAUUAUUGAAGCUAA